UCCAACAUAUGACUUGAAAAGUCUGAGACAACCGUACUCAGAAAAUUCAAUAUUAUGACACAUGUUCAAUUUUCCUGGUGACUUGAAAUGAGAGCGGGUGAUGGUCGAUCUAUUGAUUUCUAUGGAGUGAAUAUUAGGAAAUUGCUUUAUUUUUGAUGAUUGCAAGGCUUGGAUACAAUGUGGCGUUUAAAAAUUGCUUGAUUUUUGUUGAUCGCAAUGCCUGAAUACGAUGUGAUUGUGAUUGGCAGUGGCAUCGGAGGGAGAUCGGCAGCAAUUGAGGCGCAAAAGCAUCGACUCUCAGUGGCAGUGUUCGAUUACGUGAGGAGAACGCCUUGCGGCAACAGCUGGCUGGUGGGGGGAAACAGCAUCAAUGCCGGGGACAUCCCCACCAAACUGUUCUACAAGGCCAGCCAAUUCUACAGCGCGCGCAAGGAAGCCUCCAAGUUGGGUCUCACUCUACAAAUCAACGGACAAACAUUCAAAUGGGUGCCCUUCAUGAACAACGUGCAGCUUUUCUGCCACACUCUAGCCAUGAGUCAACAGGCUCUUCUCCACGAGAGCGGCAUCAACUUCCACAACGGCUAUGUUUCUUUCCUUGAUAGGAGUACUGUGCAGACUACUGGUUUUGGUAUCAUCAAAAACAAAUACAGAGCACAGAUAUUCAUCCUGGCCACUGGAACCCAACCAACUAUUCCGAAAGAAAUUUUCGGAUACGAGUAUGCCAUCACCUCUGACGAUAUAUUUUCACUGAAAAAAUGUCCAGCCAAGGUUUUGAUUGUGGGUUGUUCUAGUACCAGUGUUGAGUGCGCUGGUUUUCUCAGGUUGAUUGGAGUAUCGGUGACAAUUGUUGUCGAUUCUCAACCGUUGAAAAACGUGGACGACGACUGCGCCUGUCGGAUAAUCGAACACUUGGACUUGCUUGGAGUGAAGAUUCUGUGGAAGUACAAAGUUGAACGAAUUGAAGAGGUGACUGAUAGAAUCGACUUGCGACCGACAACUAGAAUUCUCGGCAGUCAGGUUGAUCACUUGCAGGCGAAUUUGAAGAACUAUUUCUCGACGAAACGCACGUUUGACGGCUCGCAGGCGUUCCGAGACACCAUGGGAAGCACAGCCAGCACUCAACCCAAGUUCAAAGAGUUUGUGUUCCGUCCCAGGAAAGUGUUCCUGCGCAAAGUGUCCAACAAAGAGGAGAGAGCCUCGUUCUCGGCAGAGUGGUCGCAACAUCCGAGGCUCAACAGAAUCAAACAGAAGAUGCUGCCGAUUAUUAUCGACACGUAUGAGGUGGUGAUGUUCGCCCAAGGUCGUGCGCCCAGGGUGUACGAUAUGGGGCUACGCGAGUUAAACGUGGUGUUGGAUUCGGAUGGCAAAGUGGUCGCCAACAACCACGAUGAAACCGGUUGCGAGUCGAUCUACGCUAUCGGGGACGUGGUAUCGGGGCGUCCAGGUCUAUCAAGUGUGGCAGCAAAAUGCGGCAAACUGUUGAUCGGAAGGUUAUUCAAUAAUAACGAUGAAAUAGUGAACUACGAUUUCGUACCAAGAGUGAUCCUAUCUCCCAUCAAAUACAGCUACGCCGGUUUGACUGAGAAGGAAGCAAUCAAAAUCUACGGUUACUACCAAAUCGAGGUUUAUGAAAGAAGUUUUCGCCCGUUGAGCUGGAAAAUUCUGAAAACUAACAAGAGCGCUACAUGCUACGCGAAAAUGGUUAGUGUGGAGAGAAGCAUGGGCGAAGAUCGAGUGGUGGGUCUGCACUACAUUGGUCCUCUUGCUGACGAAAUCAUCCAAGGAUUUGAACUUGUGUUGAAGUUGGGAGUAGACAGGAAAACUAUCAAUGACAUGAUCACUGUCUAUCCAAGCGAUGCUAUUAUAUUCAGCAGGCUUUCUCCAAGAAGUAAGCUCCUAGACUAGUUAGCACAUUUCUAUUGAAUGAUGUAAACUAACACAUUGAAUAAGGUGCUUGAUUAAGAAGCAAGCUGCUAGAUUAGUUUGCAAAUUUCUAUUAAAUAAUGUAAACUAACAAUGAAUGAUCGAUCACAUUAAAUAAUGUGAUAGAUCCAUUUUCCAUUCCAGAAAAAUAUUAAUAUAAGUUCAAAAAACCAGAUUUUUGAAAGAUUUUGAUAUAAGCUAUACAAAAGCCAGA